AUGCAGGGAGCCACAUCGUCUUGGCCACUCCACGCUCGCGACAAGUUGAGAGCGCUUAACUCGCUUGAUGCCGAUGCACGGCAUAUUGACAUCGGAGUAGACUGCGAGGACUGGUCAUUCUGGGUGCGCGAUGACGGAGUCGGCAUAGACAGAAAAGGGUUUGACGUCCUCGCCGGUGGCGCAGAGGUCGGACGGUAUGGUACGUCCAAGGCAUACACCCCAGCAUCCUUAGAUCAAGUAUCGACGUUUGGCUUCCGUGGUGAAGAGACCUUUGCACUCGCCUUCCCACAUAUUUCUUUCUCGCUCGAGAACACUCCAUUCCGCCAUCUGUACGGAAAGGCGCUGGCGGAGCACAUCGAUGAGAUCAACGAGGCAUUUGACGAGGAAGGCGAGACAAGCCUGCCACGGUCUAACACCCGUCGAUCACCACGGAAGACUGAGAAGAAACCGGCGUACGUAUUGAAACUGAGCAUUCCUCCGCAACAUGUCGACAAUUGCGUAGAGCCCGCCAAGACUGUCGUUCAGUUACAGAAUACAGGGGCAGUGACCGCUUUCCUCGCCAGCGUGGUGGAAUCCUUCCUCAUUCGCCACGGAUUUGUUGCCCAGCGCAUCAGACAACGCAACGAUAGCUCCUGCAGAACGUUACAGACCGAUAUGCAUCCGCCGCGGAAGAGAAGGCGGGUCACGCUGAGCACAAAACGUUCUCAUGAGCAGGACACAGUACGACCAGGGUCACCUUCCUUUCGCGGAGCCAUCGAAGGCCUCCGUGUUGCUACGACAGCCUUACCCCUCACCGCGAAUCCUACAGAGGAUGAUGACGCACCCGCGCAGACAACAUGGACAAACCCAGAUACCGGAGAAAUAUUCGUCGUAGAUACCCGCACAGGAAACUCAUACCCAGCACAUAACCAGCAACAAGGAAGGCUGCCGCUACAUAGACGGAGAACGAUCGCAAUCAAACCAAGCACACGGAUCAGCAGCAGCAAGGGCGGCGAAGACCUCGAAGGAAUAGAAGAUAUGCCUGAUUGGAUUAGGACAGCGUUGCAGACAAACGAAGCUUAUGCCAUCCCCGAGCCACGAAUACCAGCUCUCCCCCACUUGGCUGCCUUUUCAGCCAAUGCGCACGGCUGUCAUCACUCUCUAAACACAGGAGGUCCGUUCACCCAACGAGGGAUGCAGCAUGGCAACUGGCUAGACAUAGGCUCGCAGCCGACGCGACCAGGGCGCUUCAGUAGAACAGCUCUCCGCUCAGCACGCGUAAUGACGCAGGUCGAUCGGAAAUUCGUUGCCUGCGUUUUAGACACAGGCGAGGAUGAUAGCGAUGUAGAGGUCGACACCCAAAGGCCGGGCCGGGCGCUGGUGCUGAUUGACCAGCACGCCGCUGACGAACGUAUACGGGUUGAACGUUUCUUGAAGGAUCUCUGCCUAGGUUUCUUGCACGACAGGUACUCUCCGGGUGGAUCAGAGGAUUGCAUUCGGGUGGAUGUGCUGGAGACACCCGUCCCGAUCCUUCUAACGUGCCAUGAGGCGCGAAUGCUCACAGUAGAGCAUACCCGUAUCGCAUUCGAGCGAUGGGGCGUGAACUUUGCUGGCCUGGAGCAGCUACAAUUCGAACAUCAGGACAGCGGCCAGGGUUUUCCCCUGGGCGAGACUAAUAUGGAGAGGGACUACAUGCAGGUCAUGGUCGCUGGUAUCCCGCAUAUAGUGAGCGAAAAGCUUCUAGCGGGAGACGAAUUGAAGAACCUUGUCAAGGGCUACCUCGCCAAGUUGGAGGCGGAGGGCAUCCCUGUACUGGCCCCAACGCCGUCGUCUACCCAAGGUGUAUUACAAGGCGAUUUACAGGAUGAUGAUGAGUCAUGGCAGAGGGCGAUGCGAUGGUGUCCUCGUGAGCUGCUAGAGUUGGUCAACUCCAAGGCAUGCCGAGGUGAGGACACCUUAGUGAGAGACCUCGCGCGGAGCUCAUUCUUUUUUGAGGUGCCAUCAUGUUCAAUGAUCCGCUCACGUUGGAGCAAUGCUCGCGCCUGGUGCAAGAUCUUGCAGGCACUGCGCUACCCUUUCAGUGCGCGCACGGAAGAUCUUGGUGUCAGCGAAGGUACCGGGGGCGACACACAUAACGAACAAUGCUCGCAUGCCCGCUCGAGACCCAUUGACUGGUGCCGCUUGCGAUAG